AUGAAACAUCAUAAAUAUUUUUAUUUUUUUAGAAAUAAUUUGGAUGAAUGUAAAUUUGAAUAAGUUUGCUAACCUUUGGAAUGUCGAAAAGAAGUUUGUUUUUUUAAUAUUACAAAUGAUGGUAAAUACUUAGUUGUGUGGAUUUAGUAUCCUAUUUUAAGAUUUAAAAUAUAUGGAUUGAUUUAUAGUGAUAAGUAUUGA